CGAACGCGACCGGCAAACUAUCAACAGUUGUAAGUUGCAACUGCCGACAGCAAUUCACCUACAUACCUAACCUAAACCCUUAACCGAAUCAACCAACGGUGGUGGAUACAGAUCUCAUCGGCCUUCCUCACCAUAUAUCCUUUUCCCUUGAAAAAAGUCAUUCCUAAUUGAGAAGAUCUACGACAAACAUUGAAUAAGUUUUCGGGUCAGUUUUGAUCUCCAACACUCUUGUGCUAAUCAUACGGGAAAAUAAAUUAUUGGCUGAGGGGUCAUGUGGUGUUGGGUCUAGGAUUCAAUGGCUUGCAAACAAUCACGUGAAGGCAAUGGUAGAGAGAAAUUCACCAAGUGUUGCGGAAACUGGAAAUGAAGACUAUCCGAAUAAAAAUAAGGCAGUAGGAAUUAGGCGGGAACCUUCCUUUUCGGGCUGGUGUGAUGAGGGUGGAAUCCCACAGUCAGCUCCUUUAAAAAGUGAGGGGGUGAAUAAAAACGACUUUAACUUUAAGCUGCCUUUGGUUCAUGCUAGUGGGCCAGAAAAUGAGCUUUUAGAACGAGGAAGGAUUUGUUCUAGCAAUUUACAACAGAAGAUGGAGCACAGUGUAGCUACUGACAUUGCUUAUACUAAUGGCUUGAGAAACCAAAACGAUAGUUAUGUGCCUUUUGACAUGGAAAACAGCCACGAUAUCGAAAGUUAUGAUCAUACCACCGAUGGCCGUAAUCAUGUCGAUUACAUUUCGGCAUCCAGGAAAAAGGCAGAAAACCUUAUUUCUGUUGCUGAUGUGCUGAAGACUUUGUUUUUCAUAUUGGUUUGGUAUACAUUCAGUACAUUCCUCACACUGUACAAUAAAACUUUGUUAGGGGAUAACAUGGGGAAAUUCCCCGCCCCAUUAUUGAUGAACACUAUCCACUUUACCAUGCAAGCUGUGUUGUCCAAGGCCAUUACAUGGUUUUGGUCUGACAGAUUCCAUCCCUCUGCUAUGUCAUGGAAGGAUUACUUUGUUAGAGUUGUACCUACGGCUCUCAGCACAGCAAUGGAUGUAAAUCUAAGCAAUGCAUCCCUGGUUUUUAUCUCUGUUACAUUUGCCACUAUGUGUAAAUCGGCUUCACCAAUAUUUCUCCUUCUUUUUGCCUUUGCGUUCAGAUUGGAGUCGCCAAGUGCUAAGCUGCUCGGCAUAAUCUUAGUCAUUUCAAUUGGUAUCUUAUUAACCGUUGCAAAAGAGACAGAAUUUGAGUUUUGGGGCUUCAUAUUUGUUACACUUGCUGCUGUCAUGUCUGGCUUCCGCUGGACAAUGACUCAAAUUCUUCUACAGAAAGAAACCUAUGGUCUUAAAAAUCCGCUUACUUUGAUGAGCUACGUGACUCCUGUUAUGGCAAUUGCAACUGCUCUACUUUCAUUGAUGUUUGAUCCUUGGCAAGAUUUCAGAGAGAGUGAUUAUUUUAACAGCUCAUGGCAUAUUGCAAAAAGUAGUCUGCUGAUGUUUUUUGGUGGGACUUUGGCUUUCUUCAUGGUAUUAACUGAAUAUAUUCUCGUGUCAGUAACUAGUGCGGUUACAGUUACAAUAGCAGGCGUUGUGAAGGAGGCUGUAACUAUUUUGGUGGCAGUGUUGUAUUUCCAUGACGAGUUUACUUGGCUGAAAGGAGUUGGCCUUCUAACUAUAAUGGUUGGUGUCAGUUUAUUCAACUGGUACAAGUACCAUAAGUUACAAAAGGGUGAAAGUGUUAGUUCAGCAGCUGAUGGUGCAACUCCAAAGUACGUCAUACUUGACGAGAUGGAUGAGGAAGAGGAUGGAUCUUAAUGGCUCGACUUUCAUAUUUGGCUUAAUAAAUUCGAAAAACGAAAAUGGUGGCAUUACUAUGUGAGCGAGCAUCAAGUGGGUCGUGUAUAACUGAUUCGGUUCUAUGAAGGAACAUUAGAUUUUGACUUUGUUUCCAUUUACAGGUGAGUUUUGCUUUUGUGAGAGGUGUUUGUUGUGAUAUAGGCAAAGUGAUGUUUGUUCAAAAAUUUUGGGCAAUGAAUUCCCUGGUUAAGAAAAUUAUAAUAAAUUCCUUAAUUCGUGCCUGCAUUCCACAUGUACUGGAAUAGCAGUCAAUUUCUUUAUGCUCAGAUUGUUCAAUUACUAUCAUAUAAAUAGUAGUGAACAGAUUGAUGUUGAUGUUUCAGGCUGAGUAUCGUUGGAUCUUUUUUCAGUAACGUUUUUAAUUUUAUUUAUCGGAUUUAACCUACCAUUUUUAUA